AUGUCGAAUGAUAGAUUGCCACAACUUCCAACUUUAUUAAAUCCACUAAUUAAUGCACUUUUCAAUUGUCCUAAUCCCAAAACAUCACCUCUAUCUAAAAUUUUUGAAAAAUUGAAAUUCCAAAAUUUUAUACUAUUAGUCCCACCAUUUGAGCAACUAUUAAAGUACGAUACACAUUCACAAAUACCUAUAAAACUAUGCGAAGAAUUCGUCAGUUCCCAUAUACUGGUAACUUCAGAUGAUCCAAACAAUAAUUGGUACAAAACAUUGAAUAAUAAGGAAAGCAACAUAAGAAUAAGUGAUUUUAAUAUAAUACUGAAUAACGUCAGGAGGAUAAAGAUACUUGAUGUCCAAUAUUUCCCGAAUUUUAAUGAUUAUUUUUUUGCUGAUUCUCACUUUUUAUUUUUAUUCAUAGAUAUAUGUCUAGUAGACAAUAAUAACAUAUUGAAUUGUUUGUUGCCACAAAAUAUACAAAUCGUAAACAAUCCAUUAGACUCAGAAGAAGAGGAAACUGAAAAUGGGGAAACCCUUAAAUUUGAGCGUUUUCUAGCUCUUCACCAGGAUGUGACCAAUAGUCUCAAAUCCAGUUUAGACUUUCAAUUGAAAGAACUGAAGCAUUCCUACAAAAAACAUAGCUUUGAUGAAAUAUCCAAAGCUUUCUCAGGGAUAAUUGACCAAAGUAUAGAGUUUUGUAAAAAUAAAAAAGAAUUUAAAGAUCUUCCUAAUUUACAAGAAACAGUCUCAGAAUAUGUAGAAAAGUGUUGUUACAAACCUAUAAUAAGUAUCAUAAAACAGGUAACCAAGAAUGAUAGGAUUUUUUUGUCUGCAAUUAGCCAAAUAUCACUAAAUGUUUUAUCAACUCCUUUAUACUUGGAGAACAACGAUAGUGCAUUUUCAUUAAAAACUGUUAUAGAUUAUGAAAGAAGAAUAGACAAAGCUGUUUUACUAAUUAAGGAGAUUUCAAAAAGAAAGCUUCAUAGAGAAAAAUGUGAGUUAUUGUUAAAAGUACUUAAAUGUCUUUCAGCAGAUGAAUUUUUAGAUGCAGACACAUUGCUUUCUUUGCUAAUUCUAUGUUUAUGCAGAUCUGAUAGCCAUUCUUUAUAUGAGCAGUUAAUCUAUUUACAACAUUUUAGUAUAUAUGAGGAAACUGUUUCAUUUGGUCCUGCCGCAUAUGCUAUUUCAACUUAUGCCGGCGCUUUAUCCUUCAUAGAGCAGUCUUUGAGAGACGAAGGCGGGAUUUUAACUAUAUGUGAGUGUGUUUAUAGUUUUUGGGAAAUUGUGAAGGGUGGCCAAUUAGACGACUUGAAAAUGUUUUUAGAUCGAAACAAAGUAAUAACAGACGUUGAAUUUUUGGUUAAAACAAGGACUUUUAAGGGGGAAUCGUUUAUUUCUCUUUGUUCACAAAAUCUGGAAUAUGGGGGUGACAUUUUUACAUGGGUUUAUGAAAGCAAUCCAGAAUUUUUUGCAUUGGAAGAUAUCUUAGAGGAUAGAGAUAAGGACAAUCGUACUCUACUUUUACAAAGUCUAAAAUACGAAAAUACCAAAAUGACAGAAAUUAUAAUGAAUUUGUUAUGUGAGAACUGCACGAAGAUGGAAAUGUCUGUUUUUAUCAAUGCCACAGAAAACUCAACCAACAGGACGUGUGGUCAUUAUUUUGGAUUUGACCUAAACGGCUUGAAAAAAGUUGGCUUGUUACUCGACUGGGAUAUUAAAGAUAAUUUGGGAUAUACUCCAUUAUUUUCUUUGCUUCGAAGUUAUGACCAUCCCCAAUAUGAGAUACUUGUAGACAUAUCACUAAGGCUUUGCAUCAGCUCCUAUUCACUGAAGCACUUAUCUUUUGAUUUCUAUUAUCAUGUGGAUAAGAAGGGGAACAGCCUUUUACAUAUUUUGAAAAGCAACUUAAAAGAAGUGCUUCAAUUAAAAAACAUUGAUGUGAAUGCGAGAAACUCCUCUGGAAUGACUCCAUUAAUGGUAUUUUCCAAAUAUAAUAGGGUUCAAAAUAUUAGAGAUAUCGUAACAGAUGAUCGUGUCAUGUUACACGCAAGAGUAGAUAGUCCAAAAAAGUAUAUUGGCAUGUCCUGCUUUGAUUUUGUGAAAUCGCCUGUGAUAAUGGAUAUAUUGGGUAGAAACAUAAUACCGUUUAAGGAUAUGGAGAGAAAGCCUGUCUUUUUAUCCCUUAGAUUGGAAGGUACCACUUGGGUCUUAUCUAUGUCUUUAAAGGGAAAUAAUAGAGAGGUUCUUGUGACCAAGCAUAGUCUAAAAUGUUUUAAGGCAUUUGUCUUUCUCCAUAAAAAAAAGUACAAGUAUUCUUUUUUGUCACAUGAUAUAAUUUUGAACAAUAUACCUAUAUCAACGGAAAAAAGUGAAAUGCUACUUGGUGACUUUAGAAAACUUCAAAUUAACAAGAUAUUUAGUUACUGGGAUAAAAUUGUUUUUGGAAUAUGUUUAAAUGACAAGGAUUUUCUGGAUGGAUUGCUAUUAAACGAUCAUCAAAUGGUUAAGUACUUAAAACAAAAAGUCAACGAAGUUGAUGCUCAAAAGUCCGUAAGGCAUGUACCAAGUGCUAAGUACAAAUUGAUGAACAAUGAAGAAGUUCUGAGCAUUAAAAUGUUUUUAAGAUUUGCAAUAAAUGAAUUGCACAAUUUAAAAAAAGAGGUAUCAAUUUUGAAAAAGCUGUUAAUUUUCUAUCCAUUAAAAAUGAAAGAUAUAGUCGAAUCAGAUUAUAUCUUAUUAAAAAAGAUUAUGGAACCAUUAUACGGCAAGAUUUUUGAUUCUACUUUUGAAACGCUUAAAACCGACAUUUUGAAAUUACAUGAUUAUCCAUUUUCAGAAUCCAUUCUAGCGGUAAAUUUUUUUUAUAUAUGCAUUGAAAAAUUAAUUACUAAAAUACAAAAAUCAACCACAACCACGAUUCAAAGCUGGUUUCUUUUACAUGUAGAAUAUCUAGAAAAUGAAAAGCAAUAUAAUCGGUCAAACCCGGACUAUAAAAAAAGUGGUGGUCAGGUAUGGCCUACGAUGGUAGAAGAUUACUUAGAGGAAAAUAGACAAAUGUAUAAGAAUAAAGCUUAUAUUAGCCUCAAGAAUGCAUUUGAAAAGUUACGUACGAUUGAUACACAGCUACGCAAUGAACAUGUAAAUUUGGCUGAAGAAAUUAAUAAUUUUAUGGCAUCAAAAAAUACUUUUUUGUUUAGCACGGUAAUUGUUGACAUUAGCAAGAAAAUGUUAGUAUCUCAAAAGGGAAAGCUCUUAAAGUUGAAGCAAAUCAAAGAUAGAAUUGGAAAGUUAUAA